UCACGGGCAGCGGGCUUGGAGUGAAGCUGCUGCUGUUGGUUUUUUACUCCUUCAUUUUCUCAGCUGAAGCCUGGAAUGCAUGUGUCUUUUCACAGUGAUUCAACAGUAAACAUUGAGAAACUCACCUGCUGACUCAGUGUUGAUUGAAGAACUCUGUUAGCGAUCUGCCAAGUUCACAGCGACUAAGGGCCCGUCCACACGAGUACGUUUUUGUCGAAUCCGCAUAAAUACUUUAUCGUUUCGGCCUCGCGUCCAGACGGAUCUGGCUUUUUCGAGGUGUGAAACCAGUAUUUUUUGAAAACGGGUCCCAGAGUGGGAAAAUCCUAAAACGCGGGAUAGCCCGGAGUCGUCUGGACGGCGAAUGCGGAUUUUUCAGAAACGAUGACGUAUAAGCCCCGCCUCUCUAACCUUUAACCUCAGCUGCCACCACUAGACGCAUCAUAACAAUGGCGGACUACAGGCUUGUGCUCAUACUGCAGAAACAACUCGGUCUAUUACGGCUGCUACAACAAAACCUUCUGCUUUUAUAUUAUUGCGUGGAGCAACAAAAGAACAUGGAGAACAACAUUCGCCACAUGCUCUUGGAUCCACCUCGCGGAGUAACCAGAAGGGCCACCAGGAGAAAGUUUUGGAUAAGACCUGGCCGAACUAGCAGCUGGUGGGACAGCUUUGUUACUGGCGUGGUUGUGGAUAAUGAGUGGAGGGAGAAUUUCUGCAUGUCCAGAGCUUCUCUCGUCGCCCUGACCGAAGAACUCCGUCCGUAUAUCAAAGUAUAUCGAACGAAUAUGAGGGCACCGAUCGAUCUGUUGAAACGAGUUGCAAUAACCCUGUACUACUUGGGUAACGAGGGGAGGCUACGGAGAACCGCUAAUGCAUUUGGCGUGUCGCGAGAGGUUGUUUCUGUUAUUGUUAGGCGGACAUGUAAAGCCAUCGCCAUCCAACUGGGCCCAAAAUAUGUUAAGCUUCCUUUUACGGAGCCCGAAGCAGAGGACCUGGUUUUAGGAUUCCACCGUGCUCAUGGCAUGCCGCAGUGUUUGGGAGCAGUCGACGGCACCCACAUCGACAUUAAGCAGCCAUCCGCCAACUCCACGGCUUACAUUAACCACAAAGGAAAGCAUUCCCUUAAUGUGCAAGCCGUCUGUGAUUACAAAUACAGAUUCAUGGACGUUGUCAUAAAGUGGCCUGGAAGUGUGCACAACGCACAGGUGUUUGCUAACUCCAAGGUAAACAUGUACCUGAAGACUGGCAAGAUUCCUGCUCUGAAAAAACAGAUUGUGGACGACGAGGAGGCAAUACCAGUUUUUCUUCUUGGUGACCCUGCCUACCCUCUGCUGCCUUACUUGAUGAAGGAGUACUCAAACGGUGGCUCCACACCUCAGGAGCAGUACUUUGGACUGUGUUUGUGUAGGGCGCGCAUGGUCAUUGAGUGUGCUUUUGGUCGCCUAAAGGCCAGAUUUGCUGCACUGAGAAGGCCCAUGGACAUUAACAUGGAUGACCUGCCCCAUGUCAUUUAUGCCUGCUUUGUUCUCCACAAUUUCUGUGAGGUCAGUAAAGAGACUUUAGAUGAACAGUCCGUGUUUGGAACAAUGCAGGGUGACACACAGCCUCCGACAGAGUGUAACAACUACCUCACUGACUGUAAUGAGGGAGAGGCAAAGAGAGUGAGGAGAGUGAUCACCAAGUACCUGACCCUUAAAAAAAAGUAGUAACCGCAAACUGAUUAGAUGACCUACUGAUCUUUUUGUAGUAUUUGAUGCCCCUGUAUGUAUUACUCAUGCCAUUUUGAAAGUGUUGUGAACUGUGUGUCUUGUGAAAAAUAAACAAAAUGACUUCAA